AUAAAUUCUCUAGCAGAAGGCUUGGGAGCAGACUCACGACUCAAGAUGGGUUUGUUAACAAUAGCAGCCGCUGUAGCAGGUGCAGGCGGAGCAAUUGCUGCAGCACCAUUGGUUCUCGGGGCUGUGGGUUUCACCGCAGCAGGAGUUGCUGCGGGUUCUUAUGCCGCCGGUAUGAUGUCAGCUGCAGCUGUGGCUAACGGAGGAGGAGUCGCAGCUGGAGGAGCCGUAGCAGCCCUUCAGGCAGCAGGUGCCGCUGGCAUCCCUGUAGCAGCUCAGGCUGUUGUCGGUGCGGUGGGCGGUACUGUUGGAAGCGCUUUGGCUACAGCAGCUGCUCUACUGAUUUGAAGUAUCAAAACCGAAGACCCGCAUGCGAACCCCUAGUUGUACUACUCUACCAUGUAUAGCGCCUCCUACCUUGCUGAAGUGGAAUUUUGUAAGGGGCAGCUCCAGGUUCAAUAACUUUAUGCCUAGGUGUUGUAUUGAGGCUGCUUUACGCCUGUUAAAUAAAGAGGAAAAAAAUAAAAUUGA